UCUUAGCGACAUCUGAGAACGUUUUUACAUCAAGUUUUAAAAGCCAAAUGAUGAACACAAAUACCUUGAAGUUAAAAACGAUGCAAUGAUGGAUGUAGAUUUGUUAAGACCAGGCACUGUGCCGAUAUCACCUGACACAAUUCUUUGGUUUGAAUUUUUAUUAAACCCAUCUCUGUUGCAACAACAUUUAUCGAAACCUUUUCCCGAUCCUUCGCCUACAGAUUUGAUAAUUAAAUUUAUGACAAUAAAUUCAGAGCAGAAGGAAAAUGAAGUAAAAAUUGUUGACACAGAAACAAAUGAUACAAAACCUACCGUUACAAAUAAGUUGACUCAUAGAAAUCUUGCUUUGAAAAUUCUUUCUCUGAAAGUAGCAGCACACUUAAAAUGGGACUUGGAUAUAUUGGAGAAAAAAUUACCAUUGCCAAUACAAUUGACAUUACUACAAGAUCUUAUUUAUAUAACAUCGGAUUUAUCCAUUGAAAUCCCUACAGUACCUGAAUUUACGAUGCAUCCAAUUUCUGACCAAGUUUUGUUUACAAUUGUUCUUUAUCACAGGUGGCAUAUAAGAGCAAUUCUUUAUAGAGCCUUAAAUAACAAACAAUCGAAACAACAAUUCCUUCAUAUUCCAGGUAUUCAAGAAUCAACCUAUGUUCCUCCUGGUGUAAUAGAUGAUAUAAUUCGGAAAUUAGAAGCCCAAGUGUCUAAUAGUAUUAAUGUUUUAAAUAAUAUUCUUGAGAGUAAUGACAUACAUCCAAAAAUGUUGUCUUUUGACACUUUUCAAAUGUUAACUGAGGACAGCACAGAAAUUAAACAAAAUUGGGAAAAUAUGUACUCUAUAAAUAUAGAUGAAUUUAAAUGUCAGAUACAUUAUGAUCUAGCACGAUUUCAUUUAUUAAAAGAAGAAUAUCAGGAAGCAAAGCGUCAUAUUGUACAAGCAAAAGAGUUAUAUUAUAAGCUUGAUAAAUCAGAAAGUAGACUAUAUUGUAAAAUAAAGAAAGAAUAUUUAGAUGGUUGUUGUCUAGCAUGUGAAGUACCUGUAGAAGGUAUUACUUCUGGUCUUACUCAACAAUUACAGACUUCAAUUAAAGAUCAAUACACUAAUAUAUUACAAAUUUUACAAGCAGAUAAUAUUUCUAGAGAGAUACCACAAGUUUACAGAGAUAAUUUAGAGCUCGACGUACAAGGGGGAUCUGUUAAUAGAAAGAUUGUAGUAGCUCGCGAUCUUUUGCUUCAAAUUCAGUGUUUAAACUUGGUUCGAAAGAUUCUAGAUGGUAGCGUCAUCCUUGGUGAUUACGUGACGGAAAUACAAGCAGCUGGAAGCAAAGGAGUUGAUGUAUUUUUUUGGGCACUUGGAAAUGUCUUAGAAAAGACAAAUGCCAUGGAUAAAAAACGUAUUUCUCGGUAUCUUCUUUACCUUAUAAAUAUGAGUAAUAUUGAUGGAAUUGCCUCCAAAAUACUUAGUGAUCCGUCAUAUGUCGCACUGUUUGACGACAAAGAAUUGGAUGAAAUUAGAAAAGCAGCUAACAUCGAAGAGCUCGAAUUGCCAGAAUUAUUAUUGAAGAAUGAUUGGGGCAUUUCGUUAGUUACAUAUACCCAAAGUCCAAAGAUAGAAAUAUUUGAAUUAGAACAAAAAUUGAUACAUUCGUAUAACCCCGCCGAAAUUCACGAGAUACUAGUACAUUUGGAUGGAAAACAUCGAAUGAAACCUUUAUGGCACGUAAACAGUUGUUGGGAAUUACCAAUUCCAUUGCAAAGCGUCGUAAUGUCACUUCCUAGAGGUUUCCUUCAAGACUAUUCAUAUGUAUUAUUAGCGAAAAGUAGAGAAUUGGUAAUGUCUAAAGAUUUUGAAGGAGCAAUUGAAAUCUUAAACGUACUAGAGAAAGAAGCGCAACAGCAUACUCAAAGUGGUAACACAUUAAUAUUUAAAUUAUGUAAAUUGGUAAACUGGGAGUGUCUUCUCGUUGAAAUAUGGAGAUGCCUUCACAUGUGGCCAGCAACAAAUGUAUGUGAUACACAAAGUUUAAUUACGAGGUGUAAACAAUGCUUGGGAGCAUUGCAAGCCACGGAUCAAGUUAUUCCACGACAAGAAAUCAUAGAAUAUUGCACCGUGUUUCUUUUAAAUAUGGCUGAAUGGGACUAUCUUACAAGCUUAGAGAAGCGUUGGAGUUACUCGGAAUUUGCAGCGGCCAUCAGUAGUGUUUGUCAAGACAUUGUAAAAUACAAAGGAAGUAGAAAAUUUCCAAGAGAAGCCUGGGAUAUGAUUUUAGCUGCGUUCGGACCAAGCAGAGAUCAGCCGCAGAAACGAAGCAACAGUGGUAACAGUGGUACUAGUAGCGGCAGUGCUUCAAGAGACGUUAUCGCUAGCAUAAGCGGUACUCUCGGCAGAUUACGUGAACCUAUGGUUCUUACCGUUGUCAUUUCAUUGUUAGCACGUUUACGAAACGUUCUACGCGAUGAAUCUAGUCUAGAAUUACAUACACAGUAUCUUUCUCUUUGGCCAGCUGGUGUACCAAACGCCAACUCUUAUAACAUCAGAAGUAUAGGAGAAUUACUGUUUCAACUAUUAACGCAGGCUCUAAAAUAUUACCCAAGCAAUGUUCCUUGGUUGCGACUGAUGGGAGAUCUUAAUUUUGUUUUAGGAUACUACGAAAGUGCAAUAAAGUAUUAUCUGGAAGCUAUUAUGGUGGCUAGCGAUCUGUUCAGUCAACCAGUACCACGAUCACAAAUCGACGAUCUUGUAUACAGACGCAUGAUAAAGUGUUGUGCCCAUCUACAGUGUUAUACCCAAGCUGCUGUUUUAUGUCAAUUUUUGGAAGAAGUAGAUUACUCUUUAGCAUUCAAAAUGGCAGCAAGUGAUCAAAAAAGCUGUGCUUCAGCCGAUGCUAUGGAUGCGUAUUAUCAUUGUAUCUGGGAUACUACGAUACUCGAGUAUCUUAUUCAUUUGCACACGAAACGUGGCGAACACCAUAGGAAGCAAUUAGCGAUUAAAGUGAUUGGUUUAUUGGAAUUGAAUUCGAAUAACAACGAGGAAAUACAACGGGAGGCUGCGAAUAUUCGGAAAGCAAAAUUUUUACGCGCAUUAGCGAAACAGUAUGUUUAUUGACUAAAACAUAUGUAUAUAAAUUGUGUAUGAUUGCAUCAUAAUUUUUCUAUCGCUAAUAUAGCGUUUUGUACAUUUGUAAUGAUAUAUUGAUAAUUAAAACAAUCAAAUCUC